AUGUGGUACCAACUGCUGACAAUGUCGUCAGAUGGUCCGGAAUCUCGUGUUGCAGAGCAGAAACCUUUAGUCAACAAAGAAGAGGCCAUCACUCGUCUCCUGCCUGAUAUUGAUGAUGACAUUCACGAACAAGACAUUGAAACAGUCCAUGGGUCAGUCCAUGUCACCAUGUGUGGAACACCCCGGGGAAACAGACCUGCUAUUCUAACAUACCAUGAUAUUGGUUUGAAUCACAAAACGUGCUUCAACCCCCUCUUCAAUUAUGAGGACAUGCAGGAAAUCACCCAGCAUUUUGCGGUCUGCCACGUGGAUGCCCCUGGACAGCAAGACGGAGCGCCCUCUUUCCCGCCUGGGUACAUGUAUCCUUCCAUGGAUCAACUGUCUGAAAUGCUCCCUGGAGUCCUGAAACAAUUUGGACUGAAAAGCGUGAUCGGAAUGGGAACUGGAGCUGGGGCCUACAUUUUAACACGAUUUGCUCUUAACUAUCCUGAUAUGGUGGAAGGACUCGUUCUUAUCAACGUCAAUCCAUGUGCCGAAGGGUGGAUGGACUGGGCCGCAACCAAGAUUUCUGGAUGGGCUCAUGCUUUACCAGAGAUGGUCAUUUCACAUCUCUUUGCCAAGGAGGAGAUUCACAGCAGCCACGAUUUGAUCCAUACUUACCGCCAGCACAUCAUCGGUGACAUGAACCAGAACAAUCUCCAUCUAUUUGUCAACUCUUACAACAGCCGAAGAGAUCUAGACAUUGAGCGUCCGGCUCCAGGAGUAAAUGUUGUUACUCUGCAGUGCCCUGCACUGUUGGUGGUUGGAGACAGCUCUCCUGCAGUUGACGCUGUGGUGGACUGCAACGCUAAACUUGACCCAACAAAGACUACGCUUCUAAAGAUGGCUGACUGUGGUGGUCUUCCUCAGGUUUCCCAGCCUGCCAAGCUUGCUGAAGCUUUCAAAUACUUCAUCCAGGGAAUGGGAUACAUGCCUUCCGCAAGCAUGACCAGACUAAUGAGAUCCCGCACAGCUUCCGGCUCCAGUGUCACAUCCAUGGAAGGGAACAGGAGCCGAUCCCACACCGCGGAAGGUGCCCGAAGUCGGUCUCACACAGGCGAGGGCCCCAGAAGCAGGGCCCAAACUGGGGAAGCUCCCCGGAAUCAGGCUGCCGCAGACAUCGAGCUGAGUUCUAAUUCUGCCAAGACCAGUGGACAGUCGAGCCCCAAGUCAAUGGAAGUGUCCUGUUAAAUGAUGCUGGCCUAGUCCAAAACCAUGAUCAAGCCGCCUCAGGCUGUGCAUUGCAAUAUUUAACCUAAGGUGUUCCCCAUAACAAAUGGAUCUCUGCCCCUCCCUUCCUCAAAUCCAUGGGGACCAAUAAAAAAAAACACCAAACAUCUCAGAUGCUCUCUUUCCCUAAUCAAAUGGCUGAUCUUCUUUCCAGCUACUUCUAGAUGGCUUUUAACACUCAUCCAGUUAUUGAUCUAUAAGAUCCAAAAUUGCAACCUAUUCUUUCUGUCUUUUUCGGAAACUGAUUGCCUGAAGCUCAUGGGUCGUGGGUCAUCUUUGGCUCUCCUUUUACCCAGUUCUAAAAAUGAAACCGUAUUGGUUUUUUUCCCAAUCUGAUUUUAAGACUUCAUUGUGGAAGGAGAGGUGAGGAAGAAAGAAAAGAAAACAGUGAGAGAUUUUCAAAACUCUUCAUCCUCAGGUCUGACUAUACCUAUUCCUCAAAGGGAGUUGAGUGACCGGCUUCAUGGAUAGCAUCCAAGCUCUUUAUUUGCUACACAACCACAUUAAAAACGGGGAAAUCGAUACAACUUGGGAGGCAAAGCCCACUGCCUUUUGGAGAUUCCAGACCUGAGAACUUAGUUGCAGUCCUUUCAUGCUGCUUAAUCAAGAGUAAGGGUUCGGGGUUUUUAGAAACGUACCACAUUUGGUCUUAAAUUUUGCAUUUCAGCGGGUGAUCUUUAAGAAGCAGCAGCAAUAGAUAAAGCUGUUGUCUUUACUGUAAUUAAACCACUUUGGUGUUGCACGGUUUUCCUGCAGGGAUACCCCCACCCACUCAUUCACCUCUCCAAUAUUUGCUUCAAAAGAGUUUGGGGCAGAAGUAACAAGCAUCUCAUUCUUGAAUUUACUCUAGCAGUAAAUUAAGACAGUGGAAUUUCGUGUAUAGUGAUUACAAAGAACUAUCUGAUCAACCUCUUAAGACUUUGAAAUUGGGGCCGGAUAAAUGUCCGAAAAAUGUCGGAGGAAGAGGCAAAGCUGUAAUAAGAGAUUUAGUUUGAUGAUUGUAAAAUUAGAUUGUAUUGAUUCUACAGUUUAAAAGCUACUUUGCCGGUGUCUGCAGCGCUACAGGAUGGGAAGCUAUGAGCAAGACAGCUCGACAGGUUUCUGGCAUAGAUGAGAAUUCUAGUUUUUAUAGAAACAUAAUUAUAUCUAUUUUUCCACUGGCUUGAUCUGUUUGCUACUUCACAAAGACUUAAUAUAGCUAAUGAAUUUUUGGAUAUUGAGCAUUUACAUCAUUUAGCAUCUCUGGAGCUGAAUAUCUGAGGUAGUUCACGAGAACUGAUUUCCACCUUAAGGCUAAUUGCCUUGGGUUUUUUUUGUUUGUUUUUUCCUCCUUCAAAUAACAACUUCAAAGUGUUCUGGAAACUUUAUAAUGAGGAAUAGCAGAUUGUAAUAGAGAGGCUCGACUUGCCUAUUUGGGGGAAAGUUUAUUAAUGAAUUAUUUGUAUUUAUUUCAAACAAAAUAAAUUUGUAACUUUGCAGUG